UGUUACACUCUGCUGGAUGUCGUGAAGUCUCUCCUCUACCUCAUUGAAAAUCCUAAUUUUGAAUCGCCAAACAACUCAUUUGGAUCCCUGGAGAACAAAAGCCUAUUGGAAAAGAAGACGAUGCGGGUGCUGGCAGGUUUGCCGGUGAAUGGACAGCGAUUUGCGCCGAACAAGGCGUGGUGCGAAUGGGCAGAGACCCACGGAUGCUUUCCAAUUGGUGAGGAAGAGGAUGACGACGAUGAUGAUAUCGAGGGAACGAAGGAGAAUAGGGCGGAGGCGAGUUUCAAAGAUGACAGUGAAAACGUUGAUGAUGGUGCAGCUGUGUUUGACGAAAAUGUUCUCUCAUUUGCAAAUAUUCGAUUUUCCCUUGAUUCAGAGAAUGAAUCACAAGUUCCGCCACCCUUUGAACGCGAAUACACACUUGGAUACAUUGAGACUCAACGUAUUCUUAUUUGGCAUCCUGGAUUUAGUGCCAAUGACAAGAACCCCUCAGUUUUCUACUUCUGCGAGGUUGUUGGCAAUCAUUCCCAUCAGAUGGAACUUCAAGAUCUUUACAACAUGCUUUUCACAGGCGAUGCGUUGCACUCGAUGCAAAGCCAUCCUGAAUCGAGACAAACAUCAAGUCUAUGUCCGUGGUACAAUUUUUUUCAUCGUGAGCAUUAUUCAUAUCAGUCGAGUGCGACAUCCUCCUUCGACCUCUCGUUUUUGUUUUCUGAAAAAGUGUUAAAAAGGCCCAUAGUGACCGACGAUUUUUGUCCGUGGUCUCAUGUGGACGGAGGAGGUAUUUGGGGCAUCUUGCGUGGGCUGUUUUUUGAGCGACGACGACGACGAAAUUGGACUGGGAGCACAUCUGUGGAAAACAGUGUAAGUGGCCAUGAUAUGGCUUUCCUCUUCAACACUAGUUUUGAAGUGGAGGAUAGUGACGUUGACAUAGAAUAUAGAGUUGACGAAAAAGAAGAAGAAGUGGAAGAUGAAGAAGAGGCCGUACAAGCGAUGGCAGAAAAUAUUGAGGCGGCGACACUGAAACCAGUAGGCGCAAAUGAGGUGGAAGUGAAGGAAAAUGUGGAAAAGUUGGAAUCUAGUGGAGAAGAUUCACUUUUGGAAGACCAUAUAACAUCUGAUGUUGAUGGUGUUGAUGAAGCGCAAAGUAACAUUGGUGAAGUUGAAAUUGGGGAAGUUACGGCUAAUGAGCAGAUCAAUGUUCCUGAAGACACACAGUCAUCGAGGUCAUCAGGAACAUACAAGCCGGGAGAGCCAGGCUCGUAUGGGUUAGUCGACAAUGCACGUAUUACACGUGAGUACAUCCAUUGUGUGCAACAAGCCAACAUGAAACUGCAACCACAGUGGCAGUGGUUAUUCCGUCAAUCACGUUGGCCUUUCCGAUUCGCACCACAGCAGAAAGUUGAUGUGUCUGUGCAUGAAAAUCGGAUCCCGCCAUGGAGAGCGAGUAUCGGACGUCUGCUUUUGGAUGUAUGCAAUUUUUGCAAACGAAACCGCCAAAUGCAAAAUCUCAUUCUUCUCGAUCCCAUGGCUUUAUCACCACUAUCACCUCUGCUCAAUCUGAUGCGACACUCCGUGGAACCGAAAGCCCACCUGACAGGCGUUCUGUGGAUGACCCCAUUUGAUGCCCUUUCCUUCUACCACGUCCCUAUUCCUCGUCAAGAUGUCGAAGGUGGGAAAGAGGUGGAGCACCCCUACCCCCGACCACUUUAUCUGCGAUUGCUAACUGUGGCCGCCUUUGUGUCCAAUUGGUUGGCCUGGUUCUCUCGAAUUGAGAUCUAUUCGUCACUGGGCAAGUCUCGCGUUCCGCCAGUAGCCGUGUCCGACCCCGUGGCAGGAUGCAUGUUGCAACCAUACAGUUUGGGUUGUGGUCAGUCUCCCCUCAUCGAUCUGUGGCCACUUUGGUUGGCUCGACGACUGCUGCUCUUGCCCUUCCAUCUACCUCGGCUGUGUGGCAGGCACAUCUCACGACACUUCUUUCCCUUCACUGACAUCGACGAAAUAUGA